AUGGCCGAACAAGUGGGGCAAGCAGAGGUGCUGGGGCAACCAAGCCAAGCUGCAAUGGGGGCUUUAGCCCGGGAGAUUGCAGGGGCAUUAAGGGAGUCCAUGAACAUACUGAGGGUGGAGACCCAAGAGAGGGAGAAUGUCGCUGAGACUAGAGCUAGCUUCCUCACGAGGGAGUUUUUAAGGGCCAAGCCGGAUGAAUUCCAUGGCGGCCCCAAUCCAAAGAAAAGGGACGAAUGGUUGGAACAAACCGUGAAGACCUUUGAUAUGCUCCAUACAAAGGAUGGGGAGUUGAGGGUGACCCUUGCUAGUUAUUACCUCAAAGGUGACGCCGGCCAAUGGUGGAAAUAUGCAAAGGACCGGAUAGCACCAACAUGGGAGGCAUUUGUGACGGCCUUCAAAGACAAGUACUUACCUCUCACAACUCGGGAGAGGCUGAGACAAGAAUUCAAGGACCUUAAGCAGCUUAAUAUGUCUAUGGCCGAAUUUGAAACGGCCUUUUCUAGCUUGUUCCGGUUUGCACCAGAGUUGGUAGCGACGGAGGAGCGUCGUUGCUUUGAGUUUGAGCAAAGGUUGAGGACAAAGAUUUUGUUCAAGGUUGCCGAGGACAUGAUCCGAGAGUAUGAUCGCCUUGUGGAGGCGGCGAGAGUUCAUCAGGGAGCCGCUUCGGCUCAUGUGUUGAUAGAUACAUGUGCAUCUCAUUCAUUCAUACCUGCUACAUUCACAUCUGCAUUGGGGUUAGAAUUGGUACCGUUAGCGUCUCCACUCCGAGUUGAGUCGCCAGUUGGGGGUACAGUUGACCUAGACCGGGGAUGUCAUGGUUAUGAGAUAGAGGUUGCUGGGUGUAGACUCCCGUUUGCUUUUGUGUUGCUAGACAUGUCUAGCUUCGAUGUUAUUCUAGGCAUGGUUUGGUUGUCUUCGUAUCGGGCAGUAAUUGAUUGUUUUCGGCAAAGAGUCACAGAGUGCACUUCGGGUGGUGAUUAUUUUUAUUUUCUAGGGGAUAGGGUUGAUUGGGUUUUAUCAUCGGUGUUUGAUCCUCGGAGUAGGAAUGAGCUUAGCAGCCUUCUAGCUACUCUCUUGGAUAGUGAGAGUGUCGAAACUCGAGUUGAGUUGCCAAGGGUAGUGUGUGAAUACCCGGAAGUGUUUCCCGAGGACCUUACUAGUUUGCCGCCCCACCAGGAGGUUGAGUUCACUAUCGACUUAGUGCCUGGAAUGGUUUACUUUGAAAAAGAUUAUGUUGAAAUGAGAAUUAUGGAAUUGUGA